CUGAGGCUGCGCCUGCCUGCCUCCCGCCACUGCUCCGCUCGCAUGGAGCCCACGUGGGGCGGGACUUCCUGGCCGGCACCAGCAACUUCCGGCCGUCUCCAGGCGACCCUUCUGGGAGCCCAGCCUCCUCGCCCCGCAGCAGAGCUCCGUGGCCUGGUGUGGCCCCGACCAUGAGAAGCCUCCCGCCUCUGAUUUGCUUUGCCCUGGCCUGGGCCUUUGGUGCUGCGACCCUGGCCAAGUCAGACCCCAAAAAAGUGACCUCCAAAACUCUGCAGGAGAAGACCCAGCUGUCCACACUGACCGUCCAAGAACGGGGUUUAGUGGUUUCGGACCUCAAGGCUCAGGACGUGGUGUUAGAGCACAGCAGCUACUGUGCCCACAAGACCAAGCAGAGACACUUCCCUGGGCACAUCCUGGGCUACGUCACGCCGUGGAACAACCAUGGCUAUGAUAUCGCCAAGAUUUUUGGGAACAAGUUCACAAUGAUCUCUCCAGUCUGGCUGCAGGUGAAGAGGCGGGGCCAAGAACUAUACCAGAUCUUGGGCCUUCAGGACACCGACCAAGACUGGAUGAAAAGCGUUAAGAAGCAAACGAAAAAUGUCCGCAUCGUGCCCCGGAUCUUGUUUGACAAGUGGACUCGGGAUGACUACAAAAGCCUGUUUAGCAGUGAAGACGAGAUAGAAGAACUUGCUAAGACCUUGGUCCAGGUGGCAAAGAAUAAGCACUUUGAUGGCUACGUGUUGGAGGCCUGGAGCCCCUCCUUGCAAGAGCAGCAAAAGGACCUCCUGCACACGCUUACUCAUGUGGUGGAGGCUUUGCACCAGGCCCAGCUCCUGAUCAUCCUGGUCGUCCCAUCCACCAUCGUCCCGGGGAAAGACCAUCUGGGGAUGUUUACAAAGAAGGCCUUUGACCACCUGGGCCCUGUGAUCGAUGGCUUCAGCCUCAUCACCUAUGACUAUUCUGCUGCAGAAGCACCUGGCCCAAAUGCACCCUUGUCCUGGGUUCGAGAUUGCAUUGAGAUCCUCGAUCCAGACUCCAAGUGGCGUGAGAAGAUUCUUCUGGGUCUCAAUUUCUAUGGCAUGGAUUUCUCAGCCACCUCAGACUCGAGGGAACCAAUCCUUGGAGACAGGUAUAUCCGAGUCCUGAAAGAUCAUAAGCCCAGGAUGGUCUGGCACCAGGAGUUUGCAGAGCAUUACUUUGAGUACAAGAGAAGCAAGAGCAAAAAGCAUUUCAUCUUCUUCCCAACCUUAAAGUCCAUUCAGAUGCGUCUGGACUUGGCCAAGGAGCUGGGCACCGGCCUCGCCAUCUGGGAGCUGGGACAAGGCCUGGAUUAUUUCUAUGACCUGCUCUGAGCCCGAGGGCGCCUGCAUCUCUCCUCCUGACACUGAGCCACGUGGUUUUGUUAAGAAUGAGACUUUUGUACCGUUGGGGGUGACGGGAAAAUCUCUGUGGAAUACACACUGCUUCUUUCCUGUCAAGA